UAAAGUUAUUGAUGAAUUUAUAUGCGAAUGUCAGUCAAAUUCGGGACUUCCUCUACACAUUAUGGAAUGGAUCUCACCUGACCAAUUAGAAGAUAUAACGCCCCUUGUAAAGGGUGGAAUUUCUACAAUAUAUGUCGCAACAUGGAAACGCGGAGCGAUAUUAGAUUUUAAUGAAAGCAAACAAGAAUUUGUUUAUAGUGGCCCUCAGAAGGUUGUGUUAAAAUCUUUAAACAGUCCAGGCAAUCCUUAUGAGAUGGUUUUUAGAGAGGCAAAAAAAUUUAUUCAAAUUAGAUCUGGUGACAUUGUUAAUGCGUAUGGCAUAACCAAAAUUAAAAUUCCUGGUAAUAAUAAUUAUGCCAUAGUUAUGAAUUAUUUUGCAGAUGGCAAUUUACGAGAUUAUCUAAUAAGAAAUCGGGGAAUAAAUUUAAAAGAUAAAAUCUUUGCUAUUUGGCGAAUUUGUUUAGCUUUGUCAAAUAUCCAUCAACAAGAUCUAAUUCACUGCCAUUUGCAUAGAUCAUGCCGUCCAGUAGACGAUAAACGCAUAGAUAAAUUAUAUGGAACUGUUCCAUAUAUGGCACCUGAAUUAUUGUUGCAUAAAAAAUAUUCAAAAGCAACUGAUAUUUAUAGUUUAGGAGUCUUGAUGUGGGAAAUAUUUGCCGUAAACCAGCCUUUCGAUUAUAUACCUGACAAUUAUCAAUUAGCGAAAGAAAUUAUUUGUGGCUUAAAGUUACAAAUGGUACCCGAGAUUCCAAACAGGAUUCAAAACCUUAUUUACCGAUGUAUGGACACAAAUCCUUUAAAAAGGCCAACUAUCGAACAAAUUCUUGUCAUUAUAAAAAGCAUAUACAAAGAAAUCUAUGAAAGCAAAGAAUUGAUUAUUGAAUACGAAAAAAAGAAAUCAUAUUAUUCACCUCCAGGAAUAUUUUUAAAACC